AUGCCAAAAGUCACACCAGUCUUGGAAGAGAAACAAAACGGCAUUGAAUAUCUUCAAGAAGCAACUUCAUGCAAUCAAUCACUUCUCGAGGAAUCUCAAAUCAAACAAAGAAAUUCCAUUCUCUCAUGCAUUCUCAGUAUCAGAUUAUUCCUCAUUGCCAUGAUCACUCUAGUUGUCCUAUUAACUUCAGUUUCGAUUUGGGUAACUGCCUACACGAUGAAUGAACAGGCAGCAAUGGAACAAGUCAAUAUCGUUAUUGAUAAUAUGAAUGAAAAGAUUGCAACUUUUGUAAAUGGUCAACUGAUUCCUGCCAAAUAUGUUGCUGAUUCAAUGGUUAAUGAUUAUCAUAGAGGAUACAUUGAUUUAACAGAUUCAAUUAGAGAAUACUUGUUUGAUAGGAUUAGUACGUUUGGUGUUUCGGUUACUAAUCUGUGUUUCGGUGAAGGAGGUUACAAUACUUUGUUUGCUUAUUCAGUUUAUGCUGAUGGAAGUAUAACAUAUGGAACAAAGAGACAAAAUGAGAAUCUUUUCGUAUACAAAGCCAAUAGAACUACUGGUGAAUACUACAUUGACAAGCCCACUAUUAAUAAUAUGACCUAUACUAUUAGAAAUACUGAUUAUUACACUGAAUCAAUUGCUCUGGUUGACAAGUAUCCAAAUGGAGCUUUUGGAGCACCUUACAAAGUGUUGAAUGGUCCUCAGUCCACCUAUUGGAGCACUCCUGUGUAUAAUAGAACUGAAUUACCACAAAAGAAGAAUAGAAUUGGUUUUGCAAAGAUUAAUAUUUCAUUGGCAGCCAUAGCUCAAUUUCUAUCAAAUGUCAAAGUCAUGGAACGUGGUUAUGUGAUUAUUUCAGAAUAUGGAAAUGAUUAUGUCAUUGGAAGUUCUCUCAAUAUUCCAGGUAUUGACGAUCGCAGAAUCAAAAUGACCAACAUUACCACAAGAAGCGCAGGAAGCAUCAUGUCAAAGUUAUUGAACUUCCAAAAGGUAAAUUCACUCAAUAACACUGCAAAAAUAGUCACUUCACUCAUGAAUGAGAAUGGUGAAAGCUAUCUAGUUGCUUCCUCUCCCUAUAUCUUUCAUAAUUUACAAUGGAGAAUGACUCUCAUCUUUGACGAAACUGAAAUUAAAAAGGGAAUCAUUCAGAGCAGUUAUGUAAUCCUUGGAGUUUCUAUUGGAGUUAGUAUUUUGGGAAUUAUUGUGAGUGUUGUUAUUGGUUGGUCAGUUACUAGUCCGUUUUUUAAAUUGCAAACAGAUUUCAAAAAUAUUGAAAUUCUUGAUCUUGUCAAUGUCAAACCAAGAAGUUCCAUAUUUAGUGAAGCAAAUGCAAUUUAUUCGAGUUUAACAGAGACUGUAAGAUGGUUGGCGGAGAUUAGAGCAUUCAUUCCUGACUCGAUUUUGAAUCAAUUAGAAAGAACAAAAUUUAUGAAAGAAGGUAAUCCUGAGAAUAAGAAGGAUAACUCAACCUUUGAUCCUGGAAUGUCAUACAUAGCUAGUUCACAAACAUUGCAACGGAUGCGUUACUUUGCCACCUUGGGUCCAGUCAUGAAUAGAGCAAAGGAAUUGAAUGAAAUUGCUCAAAUGUUGAACGUUCAAGUUAUUGUUGAUCAGACUACUGCACAGUUGACCAAAGAUUCUGUCAUUUUUAGACCUGUGGAGAGGAUUCUAGAGGAUUCUCAGCGAAUUCAAACAGUAUAUCAACUCUUACGAAAGAAUACUAUUAGAGAUGAUGAAUGGUUAUAUGAACUGGAACAAAAGAAAGCAAAUGCUGAGUUUGAUCAGUUCAAUUCAGACUUCAGUAAGAUUUUUGAGUCAGUUGAUAAUGAAUUCGGCAAUGAGAAUGGAUUAGACUCUGUACUCUCUAGAUUGACUGAAUAUUCACAGAGUAAUCCAAACGAUCUGGUCAUAAAGAGAUUAGAACAAAUCCUCUCCGAAAGUAAGUUAAAGGGUGAGUCCUUCUUCACCAAAUAUCACACACAACUGGCUAAGCAAUUAGUUAGCUAUGUGAGACCUGGUGAGCUAAUUCAAUCUUCAAUGAUUUAUCAAAGAGAUGGACAAUAA